ACAAUCCGAAGUCAAGCUGAUUUCUAUGUACAAACCUGUAGGCUACAAUGUUUGUUCUCCACUGUUGAAUGAAUUGGAUACAUUUCGGACUGUCUGCCUCGUUUUAAGGUGGAUAUGAGGGGUUACCUGAAAACAACGGGGUGGGUAUUUAAACUCCAGGCCGAAACCACUACAGUAGGAACACAUAGGGAUUGCGAUUUAUGUUUACAGAAUGGAGGAGUUGAGGAGCAUCAUGCCAUUAUCGAGUGGAGCAAAUCAGAGCCAUGCUUUGUCCUGAGUGACCUGAACUCCGCCCAUGGUACCUAUGUCAACGACUGUCGUAUCCACAAUGCAGCCGUGCGUCUAACCCCAGGCGAUGAACUGCACUUUGGCUAUGGAGGCUCCACCUACCAGUUAGCUGUAGAAAGCCCAUCUAUGCUCCCCUGCCCUCCCAUGAACAACCGGACAGCCUGUCAGAAAUCCCUGCAGCUGAAAGAGGAGCCCCCCCUCGCCCCGUCUCCCUCCUCCCCCUCCUCCCAGCUCCCUCUACUACCUGGCAAUACUUCUGUCCCUGUUGCAUGGGUAUGGGGGGGAUCAUCUGUCACCCCUCAUCCCCCCAGCCGGGCUCGACCAGCCAGUGCGGGGGCCAAACGGACUGGGCAGAGCAACCCCUCCGAACAACAAGGGACAACCUCAUGCAGACCAGGAAGUUGGACUGGACACACAGGAAGCGGGCCCCCUCAGAGAACCGGCGCAAUGGCAUCUCAAAGUUCUCAGACCAUGCAGCACCUCUUACAGGAGAAGGAGGAGAGGCUGCUUCGGCUGGGAGACGAGAACAGCAGGCUGGCUGUGUUUGAGAGUGAGUCCCAGAGGAAGGACAGGGUGAUUGCAGGGCUGAGGGAUGAGACGUCAGCUCUGAGACACCAGCUGACCCAGAGCCAGCAGACCGACCAGGAGAUCAAACAUAGGCUGCUCAGUCUGGAGAGGGACAUCAAUGACAAGAGGGAGCAGAUCGAAAGGUUGAAGGAGCAGAUGGUAGAGCUGCAGAGGGGCUCCAGUGAGGUGUUUAGGCACACUGUCACUGAGCGAGACCUGAAGAUGUCCAACCUAAGAGGUCAGAUGGAGAGACUGAAGAGGGAAAGCAGCACUGCCUCAGGUCUGGUAAGAAGCUUACAGAGAGACCUGAGUUCGAGGGAGAAGCAGGCUCUGAAACUGGCGUCUGAGGUGGACAGACUCCGGCAGGACAUCCGACACAAGGACAUCCAACUGGGGGCUACUGCCACCAAGUUCUCCAAAAUAAUUAAGAAGCACCAGGAGGAGUUGCUCAACCAUGAACAUGAGGUGAUAACACUGAAGAAGAAUAAUGAGAGGUUGGAGGUUACUUUGAGGGAUAAGCAGAGGCUCCUGGAGCACCAAACAACAGAGAGGGACUCACUAAAAAACAGACUGGAGAAGAAGAUUGGGGAGCAAGCUUCUAUGUUAGCGGAGUCUGAGGCAGAGAGGCACACACAGCAAGAGAAGAGCAAAGCUGAGCUGGAGCUGGUGCAGGCACAGAUUGAGCACCUUCGUGACCAGCUGCUGAUGAUGUUACCCACUGAACCCUCUGACUCCAUUUCCCAUGAUGCCUUGUCAGACCAGCAGGUAUUAGAGCAGGUGGCAGAGCUGCUAGGAGAGAGAGAGAGCCUGAUGAGUAAGGUAGAGGAGCUGGAAGGACAACUGAAGGAGGUCAGGACUGAACAGGAGAGGGCAGCAGAGGACACAGAGAGGCUGAAGAGUAGGCUGGAGACCUGUCAGAGUCAAUUACAGGAGGCAUGCUCGGCAAAUGCCCUGGAGAAGUCCAUGACCUCACUACAGGAGGAGAGUGUGUCUCCAGCUCUGGCCUGGGUCCAGGCUUCAGUCCUCUCCAUAAUGGCUACCCAGCUCCCACUGCUUCAUAGUGCCACCCAGGCCCUACUGGAAGCUGGGAUAGAUGCUUCACAUCCCACUGAAGGAGUCCUGAGUGGCAUCAGAACCCUGGUCAAUGAGCACCAGGGAUACAAAGUGGAGCUUCAACGUCUGAAGGUAGACCUGGAGGAGCUCCAGGAGAGAGAUGCAAAGUCCAGAGAGCUGCAGGAGAUUCUGAGCAUUACCAGAGAGGAGCUGGUGCAGCAGAGACAGCAGAUGACUGUGGCACAGCAUGAAGAAGAGGCCAGGCAAAAGGAGUUGGAGGAGCUGAAUGGGGAGUUGGAGGCACUCAGACAAGCCCAGACUACACUGCAGCAGGAGGCGCAGACCCAGGAGGCCGAGUGCUGCACCAGGCUGGAGGAGGCAGGCAGGAGGGAGGAGGAGUGGCAGGAUAAGGUGAAGGAAGCCUUGGAGAAGGGAGCAGAGGAGGAGAGGGAGCGCUACGGGGUCUGGGAGGCUGAGUACAGGGAGCAGGUGCGGCAGCAUGCGCACACCAUCGUGGCCUUGGAGCAGCGCUGGGUCCAGAGCAGACAGAGAGCCCAGGAGGUGGAGGAGGAGAGGGAAGUGCUGAUUGGACAGCUGAGAGCGUUGGAGGGGAGUCUGGAGAGUAGUAGGCCCGUGAGGAGUACCAGUCCCCUGGAGACACAGACUAAACAGGCCCCAGAGGUAGCAGCCCUGGAGGGUAUUAUCACUUCACUCAGGGCAGACUUGGCCCAGUCUCAGCUGGAAACAUGUAGCCAGGGUGACCUCAUCGUGGCUUUGAGUCAUGACCUGGCUGCAGCCAAUGCCAGGAUAACAGACAUGACAGGGGAACUGAGUGAGCAGCAGAAACUAGAGUUGGAGCAGCUUAAGGCUCUGGUUGUCGAUCAGAGGGUCCAACUGAGCACGCUCACUCAGAAGCUAAUGCUGAUGUCACAACUCGUGGAGCAGAAAGGGGAGGAGCUUGAGAAAGUGAGGGAUGAAUUGAGGCUUUGUCAGGUGGACCUGGAGAAGCGUCUCAGGGCAAAGCGAGAGAUGAAGGAACAGAGGACAAACCCAGAGCAGACCCAGCCUGUCCACUACUCUGUUGUCACCUGUAUACCACCACACACAAAGGAUAUGGCCACUGUCACCGCUCCUGGGGAGCUUGCCAAGCAGGGGUCAAAGUGCAGAGGUUAUCGACACGAGGAGGUGAUUCAGCAUCAGAGGGAGGCUCUGUCAGAGAUGAGGGCCAGGAUAGGAGCCUUGGAGCAAACAUGGCCCCUGAAGUGCUUCACCCAGCAGGGUGCACCUAAGAAACAAGCAGGGAAUGAGGCGGGCAAACUCAGCACCCAGAAGUCUGCAGUGAGUGGCUGGCCGCUCCCUGGAGCAUUGGGGGAAGAGACCCUGGAGCGCACAGCCAGACUGGACCUAUCAGACGCCCUGGACCUCAGCGAGAGGACAUACCUGGAUCUGGCACGGGCGCUGUGCGAGGCUCUGGAGUUGAGUGAGGGCCAGCUGCAGGGGUGUGUGUCGCUGCAGCACCUGCCCCAGGAGGAGAGGGCCAGUCUGUAUUCUUUGCGUCACGCAGACUUGGAGCUGCUCCGGAGCCGCAUGGCCCUACAGCACAGCCAGGCCCAGCGAAGGGAAUCCCUACUGCAGCAGCAACACAGAGAAAUGACUACUCUCAGGGAGAGCCAGGCAGAGGGCCAGCAACUCCAGGCCAGUCUGGAUACGCUGAGGGCCGAGCUGGAGACGGAGAGCCAGGAGAGCUCCCUGCUCCGCGAGGCCUUGCGCCGCACCCAGAGCCGUCUGGAACAGGAGAUAGACCUAAACACCAGGGCCGUAAAGAGCCGUAAGGCAGUGAGUGUGGAGAGAAUCCAGAGGAGGAGUGGGAAGACAGCCUCUCACAGCUGUGUCCGUACUGAGGCCGGCGACACGGCGGCAGCGAAGACGUCCAGCCUGCUGGAGAGGCUGAAGAAGAGGGAGUACGAGGUGGAGACCCUGAAGAGGCAGCUGGGGAAGAAGGAGUUUAGCAAGAUGGCCUCCAAGCUGGAGCUGGCCAUUGUACAGCAGCAGCCUCAACAGGCCUCACCACUGACAGAGCCCUCCUAAUGUACUGUGCUCCUGCCCCGCUACACUGGAGUGACUGAACACCAGGGGCAAGGAGACUGGCUCAAGGGUCCUUUUGACUUGAACAUCCAACCGUUCUUUGUUACAAAUACAGUGACACUCACUGUUGAGCUUUUCCGCACCUCGGCAGAGGACACUCAUCACUACGAGACUAGCGAACACAGCUAGUGUGCAUCACACCAUAGAAUUAGAAUUACUAGAACUGACGUUCCCAUUCAAGUCAUUCUAUUUCAUUGCAUCACGCAUACUGUACCGCUGCUGCUGGCCAUGAUGAAGUUUCUGCUGGUGGCUGCAUAUUAUUACACCUCAGAGCCAUAUAUUCUACAUACUGUAUAGCUCUGCACCACAUCGUAAUGAGUGAAUGCCCCUGUAGAGAUGAUGGAAUAGUCAAUGUAUGAGCAUGUGGGUGUUAAUGAUGUGUGUUUCAAAGGCAGCUUUUCUCAGCUUCCCUCUGAGCUUUGAAUGUAAAAAGUAUGUUGGGCUAUAUCUGCCUCAGCUAUAUUCUUUUAGUCAGAUCACUUCACCACUCUUGAUCAUCCAUUCACCACGGCAAAUGAGGCAGUCUUUAUGCACAACAAUACAAAUACGUUUCUGCGUUCUUCUACAGACUUUUCUGCCGAUACAGUAUAAUAUUUUGGUUGACACGUCAUUGCGAUAUCUCAGCAAUUACAAAAUGGCCAAGGCGUCCAUUUGAGUGGCUAUUUCGGGAGUGUGAGUGCUACACUAACAACAGGAAUAUGCCCCUGAACCGCGGAUACAAAGGAAAAGGAGUGUGUUAUUCCUCCUAUCUGCAGUAGACCUCCCCCCUCCCUCCCUCCCUCCUCGCUAUGCCUCGAGGUUAUUGCGGUCCAUUAUCGCAGUGGGCAGAGAGAAAAGCUGAUUCAUUUAUUCAUCAUCAGAGUCUUCUCUUGCUUACAGCAGCACACACCGUCACAAACACAGUCACGUGAGCAUAGGAUGAGAGAGUGGUUUGUGUGUAUACGUGCGUAUGUGUAUGUGGGAAGGUGUGAAAGGGUCAAGCGUGAGCGAGCAUGCACGUCAGUGUGUUGUUUUGAGUGCGUGUUUGUGACGUAUGGCAGUGUCCGUGUUUGUGUGUGAGUGAGUAGGCCUAUGUGUGAGUCUGUCUCUGUGCAUGGGAUUGUGUAUGUGAGCAUAUGCAAAAUCUAUUAUUCAGGAUAUUAAUUAAUUAUUGUUCUACAUAAAGCAGAUGCCACAGAUAAUAGAGCCAGUAUAUGGUUUGGUUUCGCUCUAUAUUUGUUUGACUAAAUUCCCAUAAGGCAGGGUUCCCAAACUGGCGGCCCCCCAAGUGAUGUUAUUUGGCCCCCCAGGUUUUCUGAGCAAUAAAAAUAAAAAAGGUUUAUUUUUAUUUUUUAUUGUUGAACAUUAAAGACUGUAAAAACACCAGCAAAUCAGCUCUAAUUGAUUUUAAUAUAGGAAAUCCCACGCAUA